CGGAUAUUGUUAAUGUUACCUGAUUUUCAAUUUCAAACAUUUCCUCAUUUUUGGAUCUGUCCGCCAAUCCUUCCUUCCUUCUUCCUCCUCACAUUAACUGUCUCUCUCAUCAUAAAACCAAUUUGCCAGAGUCUUCUCAGCUAUGCAGCAACCUUCGACUCCACACCUAAUUCAAAUACUAUUCAUUUAAUCCACAUACUUACCUAACAACACAUGGCCACCUCGGCCUUCAAAUCAACCACCAACCGAGCUUCAAUCGGCGCCUCCACUUCCCAGGAUUCCGCCCACCGCUCUCUCCGCCGCCCCACCGCGCCGGACCCGGACUACAUAAAAAACGUGCCCAGGGGGAAAUUCGUCAACACCACCAGGGGCACCACCACGGCGCCGUUCCCCGAUAUCAGCUUCGACGAUCUCGCGCUCGACUUCUUCUCUUCCUCGUCGAAGACUGAGAGCGACGGAGGAGGGCGAUUUGGGGAGAUUGGGCGGUGGGCGAGCGAUACGGCGUCGUCGAGGAGAAGGGGGAGGUCUGUGUCGAGGAGCCGAGGCGACGGUGUUUCGAUUAGCUCCGCCGCGUCCGACGCGAGUUCGCGGCGGAGGAGGUCCGUAUCGGUGGCUAGGAACCGUGGGAAUGAUGCUCCUGCAACGGAUAAGGACGAUGCGGGAACGCGGCGGCGGAGGUCGUUAUCGGUGGCGAGGGGUAUUGGGAAGGCUGUUCCUACCGGGGACAAGGAUUCCGAUGCGGGGACGCGGCGGCGCAGGUCGUUGUCGGUGGCGAGGUAUCAGAUUAGCGACUCCGAGGUGUGGCUGCUUUCUUCUUUAAGUGAUUCAAGCAAUCGUGCUACUAUGAUAGCUCCUAAUGGUGGGAAUACUCGUUUACCGCUGGCAUCGAAAACCACAUCUUCAAGCUACCACCGGCUAGGAAGAUCUAGAAGUCAGAUAGAUCUCUCCCUGAUACCUGAUGGUUACUCUAGCCAGUCUUCUGCCUUAACUGAUGAUGAAUCAAAGGAUACUCAUUUUGGGAGAAAUGGAUUUGAGAAGAUAAUCCGAGCAGUUCAUGCUCCGAAGAAGGCUGACCAUCCGUCUGAGGAAGUUGCAAACGGUGAAUUAUAUGAAGCAAUGCGGAAAGAACUAAGAUAUGCUGUUCAAGAAAUCCGAACUGAACUAAAUCAAGCAAUGGGAAGAAAUCAGACAGCUGCAGUUAGUAAUGAGUCUAAUGACUGCUCGCUAUCAGAAAAUUCCAAGACUCGUCAGGAUUCCUUCACUAUCAGAGAGAAAUAUGCUCACAAAUUGGAGCAGUUGGAAAAGCGAAAAAAGAAUCUUCUUACUGAAAUGUUGCUUGAGGAGCAAUGUGGUGUAGAGGUCUCUGAAACUUAUGAAGAACUUCCUAAUUCAAGAGCUUCAGCUGUGACAGAGAAGCUGCCACAAGCCAGAAAGAGAAGCAGUGAUAGAAGUGGAAUGUCAGAAAGACUGAUUAAGGAUGCAGAAAGGUACUUUGAGGACUUCAUCUCCAAUAUUGAAGAUACGGAUUUAUCAUCAUUUGAUGGGGAAAGAAGCGACGGAAGCUCAACUUUACGAGGUCUGGUGAAGGGAAGAGAAUUUAGGAUAGGAGAGGCCGAAACUUGUAGCACACCAGCAGGAUCUACUUCUCGCCCUGGUGAAAUGGAUGGUGUUAUUUUGCCCUGGUUGCAGUGGGAGACGAGCCAUGAUGGUUCACCAGGUGGGAAGACCAAGGUACAAACUCCUAUGACUCCACGAACUGUACAGAGGGACUCCGUAAAGGACUCGGGCCAAUUGCACGAUGCAAGUAGCUAUUCCAUGAGCAGUCAUGAUAGUUGGAGCCCAGGCCUUGUUCAUAGUUCUCCAAUGGAUAAAAGAGAAGAGGUAUAUCCAACAAAAACUGGCAAUAUUUGUGUGUCCAAAUUUGACAUGGAUGAGUACCUUAAUCUUCAGAGUGAUGAGGAAACAUUGUGUCAAAUGUAUAGAGAGCGGAACAGAAUUGGUUUGGGUGGUUUAUUGCUGUGUACUGGGGUACCUUAAUAAAUUAUUUCUGUACCCAAAUAGCAUCUCAAGAAUUUGGAUUAUGAAUACAUUUCUUUUACAAUUUAUUUCGUAAAUGAUUAGUACAAAAUUUGUAACUA